ACGACACCCAGGUCAGCUGAUGUUGUGACACAUACGGCACUCCUGUCAUUAGUACCUGCCAGGGAGUAUCGUUGGUUUGUUAAGGUGUGGCUCUUCAUCACCGUCGUCAUCACAAUCAGUGCUGAGUGGGGGAGGAAGCACCAGGUUGGUAGGAGUGGUCCUGUGCUGGUUUAUGGCCCCUGGCAGGUUGUAAAGUCCUGCUGUCGGAGCCAAGAACCUUAGAAGCAGCAGACUCACAGCUCACACCAGCUCCCAGACCACCAAGAUUCAUUUGGAUGAUCUGCCUCGAAGCUCUUCCCCAGGCGUGUCAUUAGACGUCACACGGUUUUAAAGGAUCAGCUUUGGGUUUGUCUUUGGACCGUUGGGUUUUGGGGCCUGCUCGUCAUUUGGUUCUCCUUCCGGUCUUUUCCUCGUGUUUGUGCGGGAACUGUGGAAUCAUGUCGACGGCUGUGGAAGCGACCGGGUUCUUCCUGUGCAUAGCCAGCUGGCUGGUCACCGGCGCCGCGCUGGCGAACGACUACUGGAAGAUCUCCACGGUGUCGGGCGGCGUCAUCAUCUCCACCAGAGAGUACGAGAACCUGUGGCACUCCUGCGCCGAGAACAGCGCCGGGAUCGCAGAGUGUCGCGACUUCGAGUCCCUGCUGGCACUGCCCGGUCACAUCCAGGCGAGCCGGGCGCUGAUGAUCAUGUCUCUGCUGCUGGGCCUGGCCUGUCUCAUCGUCUCUCUGCUUGGUCUCAAAUGCAUCAGGAUCGGCUCCGCCACCCAGCAGACCAAAGCCAAGAUCGCCGUCGCCGGCGGCAUCCUGGCCAUCCUCUCCGGAAUUUGCACGCUGAUCGCAGUGUCCUGGUAUGCCCAACGGGUGGUGCAGGACUUCUACAACCCCAUGUUAGGUGGUAUGAAGUUCGAGUUGGGCACCGGUCUCUUCAUGGGCUGGGGAGCUGCCAGCUUGUCGGUUCUAGGGGGGACUCUGCUCUGCUGUGCCUGUCAAAGAGCGUCCUCUGGUGGCCCAAAAGGGCGGUAUCAUGGCAGCCAGCCUCAGAAGAUCUACACGGCCACAGCGCGGUCGGAGCCAGACAACAAGGCCUACGUGUAACUGCGCCCCCUGCUGUCCGCUUGUACUAUACUACAACUUCACACUGUCCUUUUCCACUGUUCCACUGUCACUUUUAUUUUGUUUUGACUUGUUUGCCUUAAUAUCCUUCUAACGCAUGAACUGUAAUGAUGUGAGACGCGGCUGGGGGUUGUGGAUUUGAACCUGUGGUGAUUUAUUAUCUGAAUAAAGUUUGUAUUAUAUAACGGA